AUGGUGAAAUACCUCCUGAUAUUGACCUUGGCAGCCGUGGUCACAGCCCGCACGGCUACCACAUCACAGAACAAAUUAGAAGGAAGAAGUUCAGAUGAUACAUUAUUAGGAGACUUGAAACUAGCGUAUGAGACAUACAAAGAUUGCAGUGAAUCAGACAUCGCACAUUGUCUGAAGAGGAAAUUAGCGAAGACUCUGACGAGGCUAUCAAAAGCUGAUGAAGUGGAUCUGAUUAAUGGAGUGACGAUUACCAAAGAUAAAGAUGCAAAGUUUGUUGAGAAGGAGGAAGCAAUUCCUAGAGGGUUGGACGAUGGAUCGUUGAACAAUCUAAUUUUGGACAAGGUCGUCAAUUUCAUGAGGUCCCAUGUGUUCCAGGUCAAAUUCCCAACUGAAGAUGUCAACGACAUUCAAGGAGAAGAAGGUCGUAACAAAAAGAAGAAACUAGCUCCUUUCUUGGCAAUCCCAAUUCUCAUCGGUGGAAUGAUGGUACCACUUGCUUUUGGAGCCCUGGCACUGUUAGCUGGAAAGGCACUCAUCGUUUCCAAAUUGGCCUUGGUUCUCGCUGGUAUCAUUGGGUUGAAGAAACUAUUAUCAUCCAAUGGAAAUGGAGAAGCUCACGAGGUUGUAGUAUCGGCAGGACAUGCUGGCCCUGGGUGGAGCAGGUCGAUCGAGAAGGCACAUGAUCUGGCGUACAAUGCCCACACCCAAUAG